AUGGACGCGCCGGCAAAGCGAGGCUUCCCCCUUGCGGGAAAGGGCCGAACGGCCGAAACGCAACCGAAAGACUUGCCUAGAACGACGUUAAAGGCCUUGGGACCGUAUGUUCAGUGCAACAUUUGCGGGCGGCUUUGCUCCAGACGGGGACACAUCAAGUGUGCCGAAUGCAAAUCGUUCAACUCUUGCGUGAAAUGUUUUAGCCAAGGGCUUGAGAAGCCGCCUGAGGAAGCUCACAACAGUUCCUUCGUUCAACUCCCGGAGAAUGAGGAUGCCAAGGAGCACAAAAACUACCACAAAUAUACCCCAGUAGGACCGAAUGACUUCGCACUCUUCACCAAAGACUGGAGUGCGGAGCAGGAGAUUUUGCUAAUUGACGGCAUUGCGAAAUAUGGCCUUGGCAACUGGCAGGAAAUCAGCGAGAUGGUCUCGAUGACCUCGGUUGGAUACAAAUCGUGGGAGGAGUGCCAGCAGCACUACUACAACAUAUACCUGAACUCGCCGACAGCGCCACUGCCGGAUAUGACAAGCAUAAUACACGGUCCGAACGGGGAGCCGGUCCUAGUGCCUCCCAGCACGGUGGUGCCACCCAAAGAGGAGCCACCAAGUGGUAGGGAUGCGCCCGAAAAAAACGAAAACCCCGCUGCAGUGACACAAACCAAACCCGCGAACAAGCCGCAAGUAGUCGGAUACUGGCCACUUAGGGGCGAUUUCGACAUCGAAUACGACAACGACGCGGAACUCAUCCUGGCCGACAUGGAAUUCAGACCGGAGGACACACCUGAGCAAAUCGAGCUCAAACUCAAGGUCAUAGAGAUAUACAAUUCCAAGCUGGAUGAGCGCAUCUAUCGCAAAAAAAUCAUCAUAUCAAGGGGCCUACUGGACGCCAAGGCUAUGCAGCAAAAGGAGCGCCGCUGCACUGGAGAGGAAAAAGAACUGUACAACAUAUUGCGCCCAUUCCUCAGAUUCCAAACGGUGGAAGAACAUGACCACACAGUGCGUCUGCUUGUGAGGGAAAGAAAGCUGCGCACCCGUCUAUUCCAACUCAUGAUUUGGAAGGCGCUGGGUCUGGAGAAAAUCGAAGACAUCGCCGUACGUGACCAAUGCAAUGAAAAUCAUCUUGAGCAGAAAUACGAGGAACGGAUGAACAGGAUAGACACGUACAAGGAUCAGAUGAGGCAGGAUGACCCCUGCCGGAGAAUAGAGCGCAGGCUGAGGAACCCGCAGGUGGACCACGAACUGAACAACCUCAACGUGAACAAGAUCAAAAUAUCGGAUUUCUUGGAGGAGAAGGAGGUGCAGUUCUGCGAGGCCCUGCAACUACCGCCUGUGGCCUACUUCCUUGCAAAGCGCGUGCUGCUCCAUGAAGUUGCCUGCAACCCGUCAUACACCAUUGACGACAUGUGCGGCGAGCUUAAAAUCGAUGGGACAAAACACGGUCGCAUAUUCGAUUUGCUGCUCACGCUCGCGCCGCGAGGGCUGUCAGACUUGCCUAACCAAGUCGCGGACCUGUCCAAGGCGACCCUGGAUGGCAACGGCUACCUGAGCAACAGCGGCGUGGCAUCGCAGAUGUCGAUAUUCUCGACGGGUCAGAAUUUCCAGAGGCAGGCGCCCAACAAAAUCAGCAACUACUUCCUACAGAGGGAGGCGGCCUGCGAGAGGACGCGCAAACAGCAUAGACCAAAUUCGCCGAUGGGGUGA